ACGCACACACACGCGCGUACGCUGUGCACGGGUGUCAAAAGGAAGAACACCGAAGUGGAGACGUGGAAAACAGCUGCCCCGUGGUGCGUGUUUGCGUAUUGUUAAAUCGGAAUUGGCAGAAAAUCGGCUCAUCCGCGUGUGAGUUCACGCGAAGAAUCGUGUUCGGACCGUGUGUGACCAUAGUACGGAGUCGGUGAAGCGGGGAUGGCGGAGAAACGUCGUGCAAAAAAGCGGAAGGAUGAGUACAGUGGCCCCGGUGGCGUAGAGCAGGAGAUCGAGAAAGCUUCCAAGGAGGAGUACAAGGUGGCAAAAUGGCUCAAAUCGAACGUACCGACGAAAAAGACCAAAUUUCUCAACCACAACGUGGAGUACUUUUCCUCUAUCAAAGCAAUCGAUGCGCUGCUUGCGUCAAAGUUUGCCCAAGGUGACAAUUGUCUCUUCCCGCACCGGCAGGCCGCGAUCGAUUUUAUGGCCGAUAUGCUGUACCACAAGUUUUUCCACCGCGCCCGAAAGGUGCCGGUGAGCGAGCAGGAGCUCCGUGGCAAGAGUGGCAGCAAGAAGGCAGCAGCGGAAGCGGUCACACAGGCGGCAGCCCCACCGGCCAAGGAUGGCGCGAAGGCAGCGAAAGAGGACCCGCGGGCGACUGACGCCGAAAGUAGUCACGCGGAGGGUGGCAGUAAGGUGGCGGUGGAGGUGGCGGAGAAACGCAAACGCAAGAUCCGCCUCGAGAUGCAUCCGGAGCAGGUGUUUAUCGAUGGGCACGAGGCGUACGUUUGGCUGUACGAUCCGAUACCGAUGCACUACUGGAUCUUUGGUGCGCUGCUCGUGGUUGGGGCGAUCGUGAUCUGUCUGUUCCCGCUGUGGCCACCGCUGCUGCGGAAGGGUGUCUACUAUCUGAGUAUAGCGGCGGCCGGGUUUCUGGUGUUCAUUCUCGGGCUGGUCGUGCUGCGGUGCAUCAUUUUCUGUCUGGUAUGGGUCGUUACGGGCGGCAAGCAUCACUUCUGGUUGCUACCGAAUCUGACCGAGGAUGUCGGAUUCUUUGCCUCCUUCUGGCCGCUGUAUAAUCACGAAUACAAAGAUGGUCAAGCUGGUGCCACCGACAAAGCGGGCAAGAAAACAAAAAAACGAAAACGCGACAAGGAUAGUGGCGGCGAGGAGGAAGGCACCACCGGCGGUAAUAUCCCACCGACGAUCGACGAGGUGAAGGAGCGGGACACGGAGGUGGAAAGCGUGAAGCAGCCAACAUCGGCCGAAGGAUUAAGACAUCGCGGUGGCAAGCAGCAGCAGCAGCAGCAGCCACAGAGCGAAUCGAAACAGGUGACACCGGCCACGAUCGCGGAGCCGAUCGACGAGGAGCAAAAUUCCGGAACACCGUCGGAAAGCGAUUCGGAAGGCUCGCAGCGCUCCUCGACGGGGAAGGACUUUGAGAUGGUUGAACCCGACGAGGUGGACACUUCGUAAAAGGCAGACACGCACCGUUUUUAUAUCAUCACCCAUAAUCUACCCACAACCUGAUCACCAUCAUCACAGACAUCAUGUUUUUUUUUCUCAAUACUUUCAAGGGCGAUCACAAGAGCAUGGGGACCAAAUCUCGCGCCCGUUCGCUUCCGAAUGCAAGGUUUGAUAGUACGCGUCUAGGCGUGAUGGCAGAGAGCAGAUGAAUCUCAUCCGCCGCCGCCCUGUGUCCAGUCGUUUCGCAACCGCGCUCACACAGAUCAGAUCUCGGGUGGCGUUUUGUGUGUGUGUGUGUGUGUGUUUUGCUGUGAUGCCCACUAGAAUUCCGUCCGGCAGAUUGUAACAAGCACGCGCGCUUAAAAGCGUUUUUAUUGCAUGACGGCUUUUUAUUCGAAAUUUUGAUAUUUACCCGCCAGAUUGAUCGUUGUUUCGGUGGUGCCGGUUAAGCUGAACCAACCGCACAGAGGCUGGAUUUGUUUAGUUUUAUCCGAGCGAUAGGCGCAUAGUGAUUUGAGUUAAAUCGAAGAUAAUUACGGUUCAAAAUUUCGAGAGCACACGAUGGAACGCCGUACCGUUGUCCGGUGUGUAAAUGUAAGAGUUAAUUGCAUUGAUAAAGCCAACAAUGGCACGAGGCUUGUACGUAUAAUGUAAUGUAAUCGAAAUGGACUGUGUGUCUCGUUCGGCGGGUGGAUUAUUCGAUUCCGCCGAAACAUUCGGAACGUUUUGCUCUGCUCUGUUAUCAGUCGGCUAGGGCCAUGCGUUCGUUAUCUGUCCACUUCCGUGCUUUAGCAUCAGAAUGAAGCGUGGUGUGAGUGUGGUUUUGGGCAGUACAACCAACGGUAGACGCUGGUAGAAACUGCACAAAAGAACGAUCGAUGAGGUACCAGACAUUUUGUGCCGGUCGCUACACCGGUAUAGUAGCGUGUGUUAGUCGAACCGGGUUUUGGGUCCUGGAUGUUUCGGAAGUGUAUCGUCUGGUGCGGUGGAUUAGUGGUUCCCUGUCCUGUGAUCGUGCUCCCUGCAUCCUAUCUCAUCUCUCUCAUCCGUACAAUCUAUGUGUCCGAUCGUAGGGCGGUUCUUUGCCGCGAACAGUGAGACCGUGGACCGACCGUGCUAAAUACAAAACAAGCGCCCCGCAUACAUUAUUACAUUGGAAGCAGCUCUAAACACAGCUCUAAGGACGACCGCCCCGACCCCGACAGGGCGUGCGUGAAAUGGUAUUUUAUGGUGAAGUGAAAUGUUUAGCGUUGGUAGCCCGGAGGAGCAAGGGGAUCCAUACAUAAAUCAAAACAAGCUAAAAAGUGUACGAACGACGGUAUAAUGUAGUGGAGAGAUAUAGAGAGCCGAGGGAGUAAAAAAGAAACACAAAAUAAGCAUGUUUUUGUAGUGUGUGCAAAAGUUAGGUAAGGUUAUAUUAUUCAAUAAACUUUAUGGUAUGAAAAAUAUUA